UCACGGUCACAGUCACAUUCACAGCAGCAUGAUGAGUUCAUCUAACAAUUCCCGUGAUCAUCCAGAUCAAGUAAAAGGGAUUCCACCUCCAUCAACGGCAUUUCAUAUGCGUCAAUUGCUAGUCAGUUGCGCAGACCUCAUCUCUCAAUCUGACUUCUCCGCAGCUCAACGCCUUUUCUCCCACCUUUUAUCCUCCAACUCUUCUCCUUAUGGCGAUUCCACUGAGAGGUUGGUUCGUCAAUUUGUUCGAGCCCUUUCUUUCCGCCUUAAUCGUCAUUCCACCCCCACUAGCACUGCUCCUCUUGAUUUCAGUCCUCCUUGUACUACUAAUACUAAUAACAAGAUGAUGAUGAUCAGCUAUGAGUCGACGGAUCAGGAGACUCUUCGUUCUUGCUACUUGUCCUUGAAUCAGAUCACCCCAUUCAUAAGAUUCUGCCAUCUAACUGCAAAUCAGGCUAUCUUGGAAGCCAUACAAGUAGGGCAGCAAGCCAUUCACAUCAUAGACUUCGAUAUCAUGCAUGGGGUGCAAUGGCCUCCAUUGAUGCAAGCUUUGGCUGACCGAUCUAACAACACUCUUCAUCCCCCUCCAAUGCUUCGAAUCACCGGAACCGGCCAUGAUUUGAACAUUCUCCAGAGAACUGGAGACCGCCUUUUGAAAUUUGCCCACUCCUUAGGCCUCGGGUUCCAAUUUCAUCCUCUUCUCCUUCUCAACAAUGAUCCUACCUUUCUCGCUCUCCAUCUCCCAUCAGCAAUUACUCUUCUCCCAGAUGAAGCCCUCGCCGUGAACUGCGUGUUGUAUCUUCACAGGUUCCUUAAGGAUGAUUCUCGUGAACUGCUCCUUUUUCUUCAUAAAAUCAAGGCCUUGAACCCCAAGGUAGUGACGGUUGCUGAAAGGGAGGCCAGCCACAACAACCCUCUCUUCUUGCAGAGGUUCCUGGAGGCCUUGGAUCACUACACAGCUCUCUUCGAUUCCUUGGAGGCAACCCUACCACCAAACAACAGGGAGAGACUGGCAGUUGAGCAGAUAUGGUUUGGGAGAGAAAUAAUGGACAUAGUAGCAGCAGAAGGAGAGGUAAGAAGAGAAAGGCACCAGAGGUUUGAGACUUGGGAAAUGUUGCUAAAGAGUGUAGGUUUUAGCAGCGUUCCACUGAGUCCCUUUGCACUUUCACAGGCCAAGCUUUUGCUAAGGCUCCAUUAUCCUUCAGAGGGUUAUCAGCUUCGGAUUCUCAACAAUUCUUUCUUCUUAGGUUGGCAGAAUCAUUCCCUCUUCUCUGUCUCUUCCUGGCACUAG